UCAAUGACUUAAUGCUAAUUAAAACAUAUAACAGCAACACCCACUGUUGCUGUGCAGUCCCAGAAGAUAGUCAGCCAUGCCUGCCUUUGACAUCUACAGUAAAUGAAGCACAUAGGCAAUAUGCGUGCUUUAGUGGAAAGAAGCUAGAAGAAUUCUUUCUCUUGAUCAGACAUCCAGAGACGUCCAAGUUUAUGACGUGGAGUUGGAAACUCAUACACAAAACAAGCAAUUAAUCACAUUCAUGGGAGGAGGAGAAUUCAUAUGUAUUUUCUACUUCCUUGACUGAGUUAUUGCUUAAUUCCGAUCCAAGUGACCUAAUGAAGGGAAGGAGAGUGAGGUGGGCAGCAGCAAGUCACAGAUACUCCUGGCUCAUGUGCAACUAGGGCAAGGGGCUGACUUUGAGGAAACAUUCCAUACAGAGGGAAAAGACCACCUAUGAUUUGUGUUCAUUAGCAAACUAAUUUAAAACAUACAAAGCCUUUCUCCACUUGCAAAGCUUGAAAGAAGGUCCUGAGAGCACUGUCAAGCCAUGAUCCACCCCCAACAAAAUCAUUUCCCACCUUAAUACACUUGGGACACUGAGCUGCUCCAACAGUUGGAGACUUCCCAGAAGGACCAGUACCACCCUGCAUGAGCAUUUCCAGAGGUUAUUGGCAUCCUUCACAGAGAAGAUAGGAUGGCUUCCAGGCUGGAAGACCAUCAGCUACUUCUUCCACUCUCUCCACAGCCCAUGCUGCUCUCCCAUACAGGUCCAUAAAGGUGGACUGCUCACUUGAACCUUUAUUAUUUACCUUUGGGCAUAAUCUUGGUUCAUGGCACCUGACACAGGCAACAUAGUGCAUGUUGAUGGCAUAGUUUAGAAAUGUGAAUGUCACAGGAAGAAUACUGAUUUAUAAUAAAAAGUCAGAGGAGCAGGAAGAGGGAAUUGUUAACUGACUAUCUUCCAGUACUUUCCAAAGAUGGGAGGAGCUCAAUUAUACCCAGCAGCCUCACUUAACAUAAUCAUAUUUGCUGGCUGUUUGCCUUUGAAGUACCUCUCCUGCAGUAUGUCUUGACAGUCUAUUCUGCUACAUCAAAAAGGGAAAGUUUUACUACCUGUGCUUUUGGAGGGCUCAUUAAAAACACGCCAAGUAAAGAGAUGGAGCAGAAAAUUGUUAGCAAAUUCUCUGGGGCUUUCUGUUUUGUUUUUUUUUGUUGUUGUUGUUGUUUUUCUUCUCAAAUCACAGAGAAGCCCGUGCACUUUAUGGACCCCGUUACAGAGAUGCUGAUCACAUGGACCGCUGUUAAUUCAUCACAGCUUUGCUAGGCUACUUGUCUUCAUUUGCCAUGAACGCAAACAAAUUCUACAGACACACCAUAUCAAAUCUGUUCUCCUGAAAAGACACAUUCACUGGUGAAACAAAGAGAAACGUAAUGGGAAUUAAUAAACUUACAUUUACUGCACUAAUUAGCAUCUCCUAGAGGGCUUGAUUAUGUGUUUACACCAGUUAGAUACAGCUCAGUAUGAGAAAAUACCCACAUUUCAUACAUCAAAAGACAUUUCUUUCAUAUUUCCUCUUCCAUGCUCAUAGUAGUGAAAUGUGAAGACAGGAGCAUGAAGGAAGGUAGAAUAAUUCAUUACCUUGUCUCCCACUGAUUUGUACAUUCAACUUUUUUUUUGUUUGUUUUGAACAAACACGGAGUCAUAAAUUAGCUUGUAGCAAAAUAGAAUUAAUUGAAUGUCUUAGCAGGAUCAUCAAACCAAGGUUUAAAGUCAGUUUAUCUGCCUGGGAUAUUGCUAAUGUAGUUUCAGCUCAUUAGGGCGAGAGCUGUAGAUGGGACACACAGAUCAACUCAAGUUUUCACUGUUUAGGGACAAAAACCUCUCAGAUAUGUUCUGCAGGAACACAAACACAUGCAUAGAUGUAGACAUAUUUACAUUCAGAGAGAAAAAGUGUGAGCCACAAAACAACUCCCUUCAAGAUUAUGGUUUUGUGUUGUUCUGGUUUUAACAGGAAUAGAGUUAAUUUUCUUCAUAGUGGUUUAUAUGAUGCUGUGUUUUGGAUUUAGGAGAAAACAGUGUUGACAGCACACCACUGUUUUAGUUGUUGCUGAGCAGUCUUAACGUUAAGACAAGGAUUUUUCAGCCUUUCAUGCUCACCUGCCAGUGAGGAGGCUGAGGGUGAGCAACAAGCUGGGAGGAAACAGAACCACAACAGCUGAUCUAAACUGGUGAAGGAGAUAUUUCAUACCGUACAACAAGAUGCAGACAAAAAACAUGGAGGAUUUGGCAAGGCAGGGAGGAGAAGUCAGUGCUGUUAGGGGAAUUGACAGGGGAUUGGUUGGCAGGUGGAGAGCAAUUGCAUUGUGCAUCACUUUUCUUGUAUAUAUAAGGUACUUAUACCAUAUGCAUAACAUAUAUAUACAUACAUAUGUUAUUAGUGCUAUUUUGCCUAUAGUUUCUGUCUUAUUACAUGUAUUUAUAUCAACACCUGAGUUUUCCCUUUUUCCAAUUCUUUCACUGAUCCUAGAGAGUGAAAGGCUGCAUGGUGCCUAACUCUUGCUGGGUUAAAACACUGUGCCCAAGGGGCGGCCUUUUCCUCUGGCUAGCAAAAUGGCACAGGGGAGCUCUCCCCAGGUCUUCUGCAUCCUUCUCCUUCUUCCACAUGAGGGAAUCAGGCCACAGAUCACAACCAUCCCAUGCCCUACACAGCCAGGGUUGGACACUGCAGCAGCCUGCAGACGUCAUAGUGGCCACCGCUGCCCCACCCUUUGCACCGCACCCCACAAGUCCGGGGCUGGCCAGCUGGCCCACCGCUUGCCAAGCUCAGGCCUACUGGUGCCACGCGUGCUUGGACGGGAGAGGAGCCAGAGCAGGAAGGCAGGCGGCUGCCCACCCGGGUCUGCGGCGAGAGAGAGGCAGUGCCAGGAAGCACAGAGGAGGACGCCACCUGGCACGCAGACCAAGUGCAACGGGCGCACGAGAGGCACUGCUGCGCGAGAGCCACAGCCAUCGCUUUUGUGUCCAGUGGCGUGCAGCCCACCGACUAGUCUCCAGGAAGGAACGAGAUGACGCACAGCUGUCCUUACAUACCAGAUUUGAGGCUUUGGAACUCGAGGGACAAGUAAGUGAGGAAGCAGUGGAAGGUACACCCAGGACAUUGCCUAGGGCAAAACAGUCGACUCGACCCCUCAAGACUGCCUCCAUCAAGAAGGAAAGAAGGGGAGACUUCAGUUGGAACCAGCUAUGCUGGGAGUCACAGCAGCAUACGUUGACAGGAGGCAGUACCUCACACCUCAUAAAGAGGAGAAAAGAAGCUGCAGCAAUGAUGAGAAAUGGAACGAUGAAGCCUCUCAGAAAGAGUGAUAGGCUGUUUGAGUCACGUCUUUACAACAACCCUAAUGGAGCAACCUGUCAGACUGUUUACAUGCCUAAAGAUACAGACAACAGAAUGAUACAAACAGCCAUCUCCAAAAGCACCCAUAUUCAGAUCCUCUCAAACUGGGCACUCAGCCAUUUUUGAUAAUGCACCUUUGAAUGGUUUGCUGAGCAAACUUAUGUCAGGAACUUCAGGAUGAGAGAGACAUUCAUCAUUCAUUAAAACUUUAGUCACGGGCUGUAGAUAAAGCACUUCUUCAUUUACCGGCAACACCCUAGGGGGUGUUACUGCUGACUUUACCUUUUCCAGGAGUAAAGUUGCCCUAGACGUCUUCCAGCUUGUCAUCAUUUUUGUGCAGCGCUCUGGCCCUGACCAUUGACAAAGACUGUUAGUCUGGUGGGUCUACCACAUCAUCAGUAUGGGGUCAAGCAAUCCACCUGCACUCUCAAAUGAUAGGAUCUAGCUCCUUGCAUAGAUAGAAGAAAAUUGUCCCAGGCUUGAUCUUACUUAGGUGAAAGCAGUGUCUGUUUGUGGGUUAAAACACAUAACACAUGUAGCUAGCUGGUACCCAAGUGGCUGCACUGGACAUGCAGGCCUGACUUUCUCUACAUUACCUUGCUGACUGUCAGCAGAAUUGCAUUGUUUGUGUGGCCAGAUAUCCUUUUUUUGCACCUUGGAUUGUCCAGAGAUUCUGACUUCUCCUGCAGUAGGUGGGACUUCAGUCACUUCAGAGUCUCCCAGAUUUCUGCAUAAAAUUUCAGAGAUUUCCAAAUACAGUAACCCAGGCUUGAAAGCAUCUCUAUGCUUAAGCCUGUGCCAUGCUGAAGUACUGUGAGCACCUGGACACCUUCACAUGCACACAAACAUGUUUGCUCUCGCAUCUGCUUGGCCGCCUACUCUACCCUGCGGCCAACCAUAUUCCCAUCCCAACAUACUUUCCUGUUUGCUAGAGACAAUGCAGCAUCAUCUUAAAAAAGAUAUAACCCAACUGGGAAUGGAGAAGGCAAAUAGCUGGCAGCACCACUGCCUUCCUCUAAUGGUCCCAGCUUUCAGUUGUCUUCUCCCUUGCCAGCCAUCUGUCCUUCAGUAAGUCGGGCUGGCUACUGACCAUCUGAUAUGGAGAAGAUGUCUGGCACUUCAUGCUCUAAAUAGACACUCUGAUGUAGCCUCUUAUCCUUGCCAAAUGCACCAGCACUAGGCUAGAUAAGGGAGAGCCAGGGCUGAAUUGUGUAUACGACUGCAUUACCUAGAACUAAUAUAAAUAUUUGUCCAUAUAUUCAACAAACGUAGAGCCUAGCACCACUAGCUCUAAUGAACCAGUGCCAUUUCACAUCAGUCCUCCUGAACAGGAGCAAGCUGUUCACAAUGUGUUUAAUUGCAGACACAAGAGAAUUUUACAAUUUUUUCAGGAAAGAUCUAUUUUCCUGUUAUCUUAAUCAGACUUUUUCCAGUCAAAAUUUUACUUCCACUUCAUGGAGGGCAACUUAAGAUUAAAAAGUCUUGUAAAAGUCAACGAUAAGGUAGAGUCAGGAUUGGUCUAAAAUCCAGCUCCUAAAAUAUAUUAUCAGACUCCAGAGUCUCCUGUCUUAUACUGACUUCUUACAUGCAUCUUCGUGUCUUCACACCAAUAUAUAUGUGUAGUUUCUCACUCUGUGGAUACAAGUGACAGCCUUCCUGUCACUCUCCUGUAGUAGACAUUUGCCUUUUUCCUACAUCCUUCUCUUCUACAAAGAAGGUCCCUCUGACCCAUGAUGUAUGGCAGUGCAUAGGUUCUGCAUACUUCUUUAGCAGCAAAUUUUUGUUGCUGCUUUGAACAAUGAGAAGAAUUAAAAACUCCUGGAAAUGUAUCUGCUUGAAGAAAAUAAACCUGUUUGUUUUCUUGCAGUAAAGUGUGCUCUAGUUAAUACAAAGAUUGUUUAUUUUUUGUAAGUUUACAUUCAUUGGCAGCUGAAUGUCACUCCAGCUCCACUGCUUCCCUGUCCCUCCCCUUCAUGUGAUCUGAAAGCAACUUUGGUUUGUUUCUCUAACUCACAGCAAAGCAGAGCUGCAAUAACAGCAAAUGGUCCUUGGAAAUCACAGUCACAUUAGGCUUCUGUUCAAAUAGCUUUUAGGGCUGUGAUAAUAGGAGGCAUUCCUAAUAACUGGUGACUCAGUAAGACCCUGCACAGAAGGCUUCCAAAUGACAGUACACAAUUUAGAGUUUAAUCUAGAAACAGUGGUGGUGAUGAGAUUCCAGCUGAGGACCUUCUGGUCUCAAGGCCGGUGCUGUACCAAAUAGUCUAAAGCAACUAUUUAGCAGACCAGGAAGGAGAUGAAUCCCUUCACUUCCCCUGAACUUCACAACUUUCAGGGCAGUGUUUGACCCCUGAAGCAGCAAGAGCCUUGACUCUCGAGACUCACCACCUUGAACCACAGCACGUUAAACUGCUGAUACGUGAAGAGUGGCCAGUCACACAGAACUAAUAAAAAAGUUAGCUCCUGAGCACUGAAUUUCAGCACGCUUCAGUUCACAGGCCACCCAUACUGUGCUUUUGGACUGUCCUUGGUCUGCUAUAAACCUAGACUGGAUGGAGAACAAAGAGUUUGCUCCUUACUCUGUUACCCUCUCAGCACACUGCUGAUGUUGAAUUGCAGUGUC